CUCCCACCCAACCACCUUGCUCUCCUAUCUUCCUCCCCUCUCCCUUUGAGAAGAACACCAGAAAAAUAAGAGCUUUCUCUAGCUCACAAAUUCUAUACUACUACUAAUAUCAAGAAGAGAGGAGAGUUAGGAAAGGAGAGGAGAGGAGGGAGGGGAGGAGAAGCGUCAAUCAGAUCAGACCAACAGAAUCUGAAAGAACCAGACACUGCUAGUAGUAGAACAAGAUUAGCUGCUAGCCUGCUAGUAGCUUUUGCGCCUGGAAGAGUGGCCUGGAAUGGCACCGAGCUUUGAUUUUGCGGCAUCAAUCCUCCUUUGCGCGGAGGACAGCACCUCCGUUCUUGAUCUUGGCGGAGAGAGUGAGGAGAUUUCGUGGGUUCUUGGGGUUGAUGCUUCUCUGGGGGCGUCGUCAGUGGACUUCCCCUUGCAAUCCGAUGAUUGCAUUGAGGUCCUCCUGGGGAGGGAGGAGGAGCAGCACCUGCCCAUGGAGGGCUACUUCCAGCGGCUGAUGCUGCAACCUGAUGGACUCGAUUUGGUAGCCGCCAGGAGCGACGCCAUCGACUGGAUUUGGAAGGUCCAUGAGCAUUACAAGUUUGGGCCUUUGACUGCAGUCUUGUCGGUGAACUACCUGGACCGGUUUCUCUCUGUGUACGAUCUUCCUCAAGGGAAGGCUUGGAUGACACAGCUCUUAGCAGUAGCUUGCUUGUCAUUGUCUGCAAAAAUGGAGGAAACCGUUGUUCCACACCCCUUGGACUUGCAGGUGGGUGAUGCAAAAUAUGUGUUUGAGACUAGGACCAUAAAAAGGAUGGAGCUUUUGGUGCUCAACGCCCUAAAAUGGAGGAUGCAAGCCGUAACUGCUUGCUCAUUUAUUGACUAUUACCUUCACAAGUUCAAUGACGGUGAUGUGCUGUCCAUGUUUGCACUCUCACGCUCAGUUGACCUUAUUUUGAGUACAUGUAAAGUUGCUGAAUUAUUGGUUUUCAGACCAUCAGAGAUCGCGGCCAGUGUAGCUCUAGUAGCAUUGGAGGAACAUGAAACUUCGACGUUCGACAGGGUUGCAACUUGUUACAAAAAUUUAAAGAAGGAGAGGAUAUUAGGAUGCUACGAAAUGAUUCAAGAUAAGAUUAUUAUGAGAAAUAUUAUCCGCCAAUCAGUCGGCUCCGUUUUCACCAUGCCACAAUCACCUGCAGUAUAUUAUGAGACCUCAAUGUCAAGCAAAAGGAGGAGAAUUUGCAGAUGAUGUUUUUCACUGUACAUGUAAACCUUAAGUAUUUUGCUCACCCAUUUGUUUUGAUGGAUCCGAUGUUUUGGACAUUAGGACAUAUGGUUUGUAGAGAUGCGAGCUCUCUUGUUAUUUUGCAUUUGUGCUCCCUAAUUCAUUUUUAUGAGAACCUUGGAGAAUGGAUGCUUUGAUGUUGUUAAUGGAAAUAUAAAAACAGAGAAAGGAAACAAUCUGAGAGAAAAAAAAAUGUAUCGGUUGGUUUCUUUUCUGGCAGUGGUAGUGGUAGUCCAUUUUCAGAUUAUUAGUCACAGUAUGUUACUGUCCUUGAUGCUACAUGGUUUAGCAUGUUUAACUUGCAUCCAAUAAACUCUGCCAAAUAAA